UGGUAUUUGACUGAGGUUUUUAUUAUUAUUAUAAUUGUUUUCCACAGAAAGCUUCAGAACUGGUGGAGACGCCGUCAGAAUAUUGAAACCCCCGACUUGACCGAAUACACACGUUGGGAACUGGACUAUGACUUGACUCAGUAUCCCGUGCACGGGUUGUUUUAUGAAUACCUUGAGAUGGUGAUCCAGUAUGGCUUUGUGACACUAUUUGUGGCCGCUUUUCCACUUGGACCGUUCUUUGCCCUCAUCAAUAACUUGUUGGAAAUUCGUCUUGAUGCUUACAAGUUUAUCGUGGUUUUUCAGCGCCCAAUGGCAGCUCGUGCGCAGGAUAUAGGAAUUUGGUACGCAAUCUUGAAAGGCGUUACGAAGAUCUCUGUGGUCGUAAAUGGCUUUGUGAUUGCCUUUGUUUCCGAAUUCGUCCCCAGACUGUAUUACACCUUAGGUGAACACAACGACAGCUUGGAAGGAUUUGUAAACCACACCUUGUCGUGUUUUGCGGUGGAUGAUUUUCCUGAGUCUGAGAGACCUUCUGGAGCUGCUGCUGCUGAGUUCCCCCUAAGAAUUAACAGUUGUGGGUUUAAUUUAUCUACCUGCAGAUUCCGAGGGUAUUAUGAACGACCAAAAAUUACAAUACUCAACACGACCCUUCCAAAUCCGAAUGCUUACAAGUUCUCGACAGCCUAUUGGCAUAUUUUGGCGGCUAAGCUGUUUUUUGUGGUUGCCUUUCUGCACAUCGUGUUCGGUAUGACGGCAAUCUUGGCUUGGAUUAUCCCCGAUGUUCCGAAGGAAGUUGACAAUCAAGUCAAGAGAGAGAACUUUCUUGCCCGCGAAGCCUUACGGUCAGCAGAUCAACAAGAUUCUGUCUCUCCAGUCCCUAGGGAAAAUUCGCGCAGCCAGGAUGAAAUGUUGUGAAAUGUUGUAGAAUGUCGUGUUUUGACAGAAAUUAUCUCGUAGUCAACGACUUGUAGCUGAUAUCGGUAUAGGUAGUUAAAUCUGAUAAUACCACCGUCACAUAUUUUGAAUAAUGUCUUGUAGUAAACGUAAGGCAAAGUUCGAAAAUCUUCACCAAAAGCCAGUGUUUUACAUAGAAUAAAGGGGUACGUUUUUAAAGAAA